CCAUAAGCAAGUGCUUAUUCUUAAGAGACUGUACUGCUGAGAAAAUGCUGACUUCCGUGAUUCUUAUUACAUUAGACAUCUUGAUUUGUGUGAAGGAUCUAUUAUGACAGUGGUCGGACGAGUUGGGGAAAUGGUUACUUUACCCUGUCAAUAUGAUGCCAGUACUUACGGCAUAUCAAAUGUUUGUUGGGGAAGAGAUCAAUCCUGGUUCAACUGUAAACGUACAGUCAUCGCCACUGAUGGACUGACGGUAAACUAUAGAGAGUCACACAGAUACAGUUUACCCGGUAAACUCAGGCAUGGAGAUGUUUCACUCACCAUCAAGGCAGCACAGAAAGCAGACACUGGAUUUUAUGUAUGUCGUAUCGAGAUACAGGGACUAUUCAAUGACAUUAGCUACAGCGUUUAUCUAAUCAUUACAGGCGGACUAGACAUACUCAACCUCACAAAAUUAUUCCCAACUUCUACAGCAAAGCAAAUACAAGAAGUCACUGUCAGGAUACAGGAUACAGGAUCAGGACAGGACUCAGGAUACAGUUCAGCUGUUCAGCGGGCACAUUCUGAGAGUGGACUGGAAACCUUUAUCCUGAAUGUACUGAGAGUGGGAGCUAUUGUCUUCAUCCCUGGUUUAAUCGUGGCACUGAUAUGGAAACUGCGGCGCGCCAGAAAACGUGAAGACAGCAGUGAAAUGGAAAAUGCCCCCAGACGCCACCACAGCAGCAGCGGCAUCUCCCCUUCCCAUAUGCCUGUAGCACAUCUGGGUGUUCAUUAGUAAUGAUGUAUUACAGCGAAUUAUUACAUUAUUCAGACAAACAUGGAAUGUUCAUUUUUUUUUUUUUGUAACACAAGUGUAAUAAUUAUUUAGUUUUUAACUGUUUUUUUUCUUUCACUCUAAUGCGAGAGACUAUCCAGUUUAAAAAAAACACCUACAUAAUUUUAAUCCCAUCCUUAAACUUAACCUGGUUCCAAGUAAACUAUCCCUUUAAUACUUUGUCUGAAAUAUGCAUU